UUGAGAAAUUUUUAAAUAACUCGAUUAUAUACGAACCUUGACUUUCAUUUUCGUUUUCACAAUUUUGGUAAUACUGGAGAAUAGAAUGUCGUUAGAGUUGGUGGGGUGGUUCCUCCGAUCUAUUUCUGUACCACGUUUAUGGGGUAAAGUUCAAGUGAAUAAAUUCAGAAUAUGAUCGGCGAUUUUACUAUUUUACAAUAGUAAAAUCGCAGAGAACAUGGAACUAAUAUUUUAUUACAUUUCGAUAAUACCUAAUAUGAAACUUAUCGAAUUAUUAUUAGAAACAAUAUUUUCAAUUACAGAUUAAAUAUACGAAAUGAUAGUAUUGAUGAUAAUCUUUUGAUAACCGUUGAUAAAGUACAAACAAAUCAUUUAUCUUAUACUUGGUGCUUUAAGUUUCCAAAGGAAGAUACUGUUAGUCUAGGUAUCAAUUACGAUAUUGCAAAUCAAGAAAUUAUUUAUUACAAAAUAAUUUUAACCUCUAAUUUUCCAUGAAAUAUUAAAAGAAAUACUUAUUAUUAAGAUCUUAUUUAUUCCUCGAUAUUUAAACACACAUAAAUAAUAUAGUGAAAACAAACUCGUCAAUUUAAUUAUGAUUUCGCAAAGAGAAAAUGUAUGGUCUAACAUACCUAUUCGUAUGUUCAUAAAUACAAUAUCACAUCCAGUUGAUUAUGCAAAGGUUUUAAUACAGAUUGGUCAUGAACCUAUUCCACCACGCCAAACAUUUACAUUAUUUGGAAAACCAGCAUUAGCCUUACCCAACGUUUUUCAAUAUGUUAAAUAUAUCAAAAGUGUUGAUGGAUUUGCUGGUUGUUAUCGGGGACUGGUACCUAAACUUUGUGCAUAUACCCUCAGUGCGGUAGCAUUUGAGAAAACUUCUGAAUGCAUUACAUUUAGUGAUGAACCUGACAAAAAUAAAGAUGAUGAGGAAUUAACAGAACCAGAAAGACGUACUAGAUGUAUUCAUGAGUUAAUACGGGAUUUAAUUAGUAGAAUGGUGGGAAUCAUAGUGAGCCAUCCAUUGGAUGUAAUAAUGUUAAGGAUGAUGGCCCAAUUUGUAGGCGGUGAAACAAAAUACAAUGGAAUUGUUAGAUCAUUUAUAGAAGUGUAUAAGGAAAAUGGAAUUGCAGGAUAUUAUGCAGGAAUAAUACCACGCCUCAUUGCAAAUGCUGCGGUAUUAGUUCUUGUCAGUUCAUCGACUUAUGUCAUUAAUAAAUAUAUUAUUCAUGAUCAAGAAUUAAAAACUUAUACAGCUUCCACAAUGAAAUUUAUUGCAACAACCGUUACUUAUCCAUUCUUGGUAGUGUCUCAUUGCAUGGCGGUAAAUAACUGUGGAUUGGUUGCUGGCCUUCCUCCAAAUAUGCCAAUUUAUAAUAAUUGGUUGGAUUGUUGGUCUCAUUUAUCAAGUAUCAAUCAAGUGAAGAGAGGCAGUAGUCUUUUAUGGCGUUACUAUACUGGUCCACGAAUAAUCGUUAAGGGAAAAGCGAUACCUAUUAAUACAGAUUACUUUAAUGCGGAUAAAAUCCAAUAGGAAAUACAUUGAUACUUUGAUAAAUACUCAGAAGAGCAAUAAAAAUUAAUCCUAAAUUACAUAUGUCUUACAUUAUGGUGUUCAUCUGUAAUUUAUAAGGUAUUCUAUAAUAUUACGUAAUGAAAAUCAUUUUUACUAUUGCGAUAUGUAUUCUACUAUAAACCACAUAUUAAAAACACAUUAGAUUACAUAUGUAAAUCAUGUACGUACAUGGUACUUACAUUUAAUGAAAAUACCAAUAUGCAUUCGUAAUUUCAUUGGUGACUUCUAAAAAUUAAACAGAAGUCAGAAAUAUUGCAUAAAUAACUAAAAUAUUUGAUUACUAUAAUAUAUAAAUUAUAAAAAUUAAUGUCCUCUUUUAUUAAAAAAUUUCAUUUCAUUAAAUGAAUUCUUCUUUGAGUGUUUUCUAUCGAUUUAAGUUUCUUUUUAUUGAAAAGUUUUGUUCGUUUCAUAAAAUUUUCGAGAGAAAUGAUUAUUCUAAAUCAAUUUUAUUUCAGCGUCUUUAUUGUUUGGGCGUUUUGUCAAUUUACAAUGAGAUUUGUCAGGCAUUUAAUCAUUUGCAGGACACAUGAGUAUUGCAUCAUUAGAUUGUAUGUGUGUGUGUAUGUGUAUGUGUAUAUAAUAUUUUUCUACAUUUCUAAUAAUAAUUUAUCAUACAUGAAAUUUAUACUACGUUUUUGCAUUUGACACAUGUAUAAAAAAAAUAUUGACUUGAACUAUAUUCUUAUACAUUAUACAUAUAUAUUUUUCCAGGUAGUAAGUUUGAACUGUAAUUUAUCUACUAAAGCUGCAAUAUGAAUGUGAAUAAUGCACAGAGAGAAUGCAUUUAUUAUUAAUAAUAUAUAUAUAUGUACUUA